CUGUUUGUACAAGUUUCUUGCCCUCAAUGAUGAUUCAAUUUCUCAAUGCUUGUUCACAAUCACGCAAUAAAUACAUACACUUUAUAUAUACGUAUAUUUAUUGCAAAGCCAGCUUGAAGUUCGCUGAGCGUCCCGGCUUGCACCCACGUUAUUAAUAACAGCAGCAAUAAUAUUCACUUUUGAUUUCCAUAGAUAAUAUCAAACUAGCAUUUAAAGCUUUCCUCUCUCUGUAUGUCUGUCUGUCUCUAUCUCUGGUACUUUAUAGUUUAUAAUUUGCUUCACAGUACUUUUUCCCUCUAAAGUGAGUGUGAGCUUUAAGGAUUGAAGGGUUUUUCCAUUCAUUGGUGGUGUAGUAUUAAGUUGUUGGUUGUUGAAGCUUUGAUAUUAAGUAAAGAGAUGGGAAGGACACCAUGUUGUGAUAAGAAGGGUUUGAAGAAAGGGCCAUGGACUCCCGAAGAGGAUGAGAUUCUUAUAGAGUACAUCAAGAAGAAUGGCCAUGGAAGCUGGCGUUCUCUUCCUAAGCUCGCAGGUCUUCUUCGAUGUGGGAAGAGUUGCCGGCUUAGGUGGACAAAUUAUCUUAGGCCGGACAUAAAGCGUGGUCCCUUUACUGAAGAGGAAGAGAAGCUUGUCAUACAGCUUCAUGGCAUUCUUGGAAAUAGGUGGGCUUCCAUUGCCUCUCAGCUACCAGGAAGAACUGACAACGAGAUCAAGAACUUAUGGAACACUCACCUGAAGAAGCGCAUGCUAAGCAUGGGGCUUGAUCCACAAACUCACGAGCCCUUUACCUCUUCCUGCGGACCAACCAUUAAAGCUCCUGCAUCUCCAACCACUCGCCACAUGGCUCAAUGGGAGAAUGCUAGGCUUGAAGCUGAAGCUAGGCUUUCCAGGGAGUCGUUACUCUUCAAUCCACCGCAUUUGGGAAAAACUGAUUCUGAUUAUUUUCUUCGCAUCUGGAAUUCUGAGGUUGGAGAAUCAUUUAGGAAAUUCAAUAAGGCAGACAAACCCGCAUGUGAAAGCUCCAUUUCCCAGGUUUCUUCGUGUACGAAAUGUGGAUCAGUUUCAGCUAUCACCACGGACAUUUGCCACAACUUAGGAGAUUCCUCCACUCCGGCAAGUAAUCAAAAUGAAGAUACAGAAUGCAAGAGCUCUAAAUCAUACACUGAGGAUGCGUUUGCUGGGUCUGAUUCAUCAAGUUCUGACAUGCAGGAUUCAUCAGACUCUGCACUGCAACUGCUGUUGGAUUUUCCCAUCAACAACGAUAUGAGCUUCUUAGAAGACAACUAUGACACAUCUUCUGCAAUGUUGAUGGACAACUCUUUGAUCUGUCCCCUCUGAGGCAUCAUGCGUGUUCUGGAACCUAUUUUGCUUGAAUUUUGAGGUCGAUUUUUGGUCAUCAUCUAAGUAAUGAAGAAUGGUGCAAGGUGUUAUUGGUAUUAGUCCAGUGGGCAGAUUUAGAGAGUUAAUUAGGUUUUUAUUAACUAAAACCCGGUUUAUCUAGUAUGUAUAGAAGAUAUGUAUUACUUGUGGUCUCUUAAAACCUUUUAAUUUAGAACUGCAAAUACUUUCAUUCUAUAAUAUACUUUGAUUGUCGUUUUGGUAAUAUUAUGAUGCUAUCAUUCAUUCCGUAUAAUUCUCAUUCAUGUCUUCUGAAUUAAUGACUUUAUUUGUGGCUUUCAGUAUAACUUCUCUGUUAUUUUGUUUUUAAUA